AUGGAGGGUGUUAAACUUGAUCUGUCUGGGUUAAAGGACAAAGUUGCCUCUAAGUUGUCCAAUGGUGGUAAAAAACCAGGGAAGAAAAAUGACAAGAGAGAAAAGGCUAGAGAGCCAACCCACAAGAACAAACAAGUGAAGAACGACACCAGGGAUAAAGAAUCAGACAAGAAACCUCACAGAGAUGCAGUUUCUAAGAACGAAGAUUCUGCAUCAUUGGAUGAUGCCAUUCGCCGUGAAGCCUUGGAGCUUGGGGCCACCGAGGAAGAUCUCAAGUUACUUGAAGGCGUCUCUGAUGGUGAACACUCUGAAGAAGAAUUUGGUGAUGUCAGUGGUGCAAAUGAUAAAGAUUUGAACAAAGAUUUGUCUAUGUUUAUGAAGAAUAUUGGUUUGGAUGGAUCACAGGCUUUGGUUGCUGAUGAACCUGAUGAGGAGGCUGAUGAACCUGAUGGGGAGGAGGAAGACGAGGAAGUGGAAGAACAAGAACAAGAGGAAGAGGAAGAAGAGGAGGAAGUGGAGGAAGAGGAAGAGCAACAAGAAGAAAAACAGACACUUCAGGAAUCAAACCUUCCUAAGAAGAAUGAACUUCCAACUCACAAGAGAGUUGACCCAAAUUCCAUUUUAAACACAUCAAAGUUGUUAAUCCAACCACAAGUUGACUGGUACAAUAUUCCAUUGGACCUUACAAACGAAACAGCCAACAUCACAAAGGACCAGAUCGAUCGUCUUUACCAGAGAGGUAAAGAGGCACUGGAAGCAGAUAAUAAGGCUUAUUACGAUGAAUUCUCAAAGACAUCGUCUCAGAGAAAGUUCUUGUCUCAAAUUCUAUCUGAUGGUACACUGGGUGAUAAGAUAUCUGCUCUUACAUUGCUUAUUCAAGAAGCACCGGCUCAUAACAUCAAGUCUUUCGAUAUGAUGCUUGGUUUGUUGAACAAAAAAUCCAGAAACGCCCAAUUGCAAUCUUUGAACGCUUUAAAGGAUUUGUUCAUCAAUGGUUUGCUGCCAGACAGAAAGCUUAGACAUUUCAAGAAUCAACCGUUGAAUAUGAUGCUUUCAAAGAAGCAAUUGGCUUUGUUCUACUUUGAGGACUAUUUGAAGACUUUCUACUUCAAAGUUAUCCAAGUUCUUGAAGUGCUCUCCCAUGAUCCAAUCAUGCACGUUAGAAUGAAUGUUGUGAGUCAUGUAUUUGACUUGCUCAAGGCUAAGCCAGAACAGGAGGUGAAUCUUUUGAGAUUAGGUGUAAACAAAAUUGGUGAUAUCGAUAACAAAGUCAGUGCGAAAACCUCUUACCAAAUCUUACAAUUGGAACAAGUUCAUCCUAAUAUGAAGAAAAUCGUCAUCGAUUCUGUUAUCGACAUUGUAUUCAAAAGAAAUAUUGAUUAUCACACAAAGUACUACUCAGUAUUGACGUUGAACCAGACAAUUUUAACAAGACGGGAAGAAGACAUUGCCAACGAGUUGGUAAAGACUUAUUUUGCCCUAUUGGAAAAAUUGUUGAUAGAGUCAGAUCCACAUCAGGCUGAUAACAAAACGCAGAACCAAGAGACAAAGACCAAUAACUACAAGAACAGAAACAAGAAUUUCAAAAAAGGCAAGAAGGGAGGAAAAUCUGUUAAGAAUGCGAAGACAGAAGACGAAGUUUUAGAAGAGAAGGAUUCCAAACUGUUUUCUGCCCUUCUCACUGGUGUCAACCGUGCCUUCCCAUUCUCAGACUUGCCAAUGGAAAUUUAUAACAAACACCUUGACACAAUGUUUAGAAUCACUCACUCUUCCAAUUUCAAUACCUCUGUCCAAGCCUUGAUGCUCAUCUUCCAGAUCACCAGCGCUCAAAAUAUGAAUGCAGACAGAUUCUAUAGAACAUUGUAUGAAUCUUUGUUAGACCCAAGACUGGUUACGUCUUCUAAGCAAGGUAUUUAUCUCAAUUUGUUAUUCAAGGCGUUGAAAAAAGAUUCAGAUAUUCCAAGAGUUCUUGCAUUUGUGAAAAGAAUAGUCCAAAUCUGUUACAACUGGACUAAUGUUGGGCCUAUUGCUGGUAUGUUGUACCUGUUAAUGGAGUUGCAAGCCCAAGUUCCUCAGAUAAGGAACUUAGCAAUCAACACCCCAGAUGAGGAUAACAAGCCAACUGAUAAACCAAAGAAAACCUUGGAAGUCUAUGAUGGCCGUAAGCGUGACCCAAGAUUUGCUAAUGCUUCCAGCUCUUCGAUUUGGGAGAUUGGUGAGUUCUUGAACCACUAUCACCCAACGGUUCAACUAUACGCGGAGUCCUUCCUUUCUCAAGAGAAGCAACAAAAACCUGACCUUGGUCUCUUUACGCUUUCCCACUUUUUGGAUAGAUUUGUUUACAGAAAUGCUAAACAAAAGGCUACUACAAAGGGUUCUUCCAUCAUGCAACCUUUAGGUGGUGCACAUACCGGGUCAUUGUUGGUUAAAGCAUCUAACAUGGUGAGAGGAGAGGUUCCUGCAAAUACUGAGAACUGGUUAGCAAAGAGGGUUGAAGAGAUCAGACCAGAUGAAAGAUUCUUCUACGAGUACUUCCAGACUAAGCAGAACGACACCAAGGAUAUCGCGCCAAAGGACGAGGAGUUUGAUCAAGACAGCGACCUCGAUGAAGAUGAAGUGUGGGAUGCAUUGGUUAAGUCUCAACCAGAUAUCGAGGGUGGAGAAUCAGACGGCGAAGAUCUCAGCGAUUUGGAUAUGGAUGAUUUCAGUGAUGAUGGAGAACUGGAAGGUGAUCUCAAUGACGAAGAACUGGAACAAGAACUUGAAGCUGAUAUUUCAGAUGAAGAUGACAAUAGUAGCUCUGAAGUAGAACUACAAACCAUCGGUAUGUCAGACGAUGAAAGUGUCUCUGGCGAAGAGCUAAAGGAUGAGGAAGAACCUGAUUUCACCGGAUUCUCAGAGAGCGAGGACGAAGAGGCUGAGUUAUUCAAGGGAGAUUCUGAAGACGAAGUGAGCUCCGAGGAAGAACCAGAAGAACCAAAGAAAGGCAAGAAACGUUCAGCCGAUUCCGACGAGCCUAAGGAGAAGAGCAAAAAGGCCAAGCUCAAGUCUCUUCCUCUCUUUGCCGAUGCUGACGAGUAUGCAAAAUUACUUGACUCGGACGACGAAAAUUAG